AUGAAGCAAUUUCAUCCUUCGGAACCUGUUUCAUCGUCGGUCAUGCUGAUGAUGAAUGAAGCAUCAUCAUCCACUCCAACUUCACCGAUCAUGAAUGAGGAAAAUAAUAUUGCAGGAAUUUCAGCAACAUCAAAAUUAUCUUCUCAAAACAUUCCGAUGAAUAAUACUGCCCACACGACGAGUGGUGGUUAUGAGCACUUAUCGAUUGCAGAAAUAGACCGUAUGAUUGAACACUUCAACAAGCAGAUUUCAUAUCUUGAAAAAAAGAAGGAAAGAAUGAUCGUCAAAUCCAUAACAAUACUUAACUCUCAACAUAACAAUCGACAUUUACAAGAUUCUAUUUGGGAUCAAAUUACAUACUUGUGUCGUUGUGGAAUGAAAGCUGCUUUCUCGGAUCAUCAAUUUUGUAGAUUGCUUUUGGUGGAGUUUGUUGAAAUUGUUUUAACUUUGACUGUGGUUUUGUUUGGUGUAGUGUGUUUUUGGCGAGGAAUUUGGGAAUUAUCUGAGCACUACAUUAGCGUGGAUCAUAUCACGGAUAAAAAUAAGCAAAUACUCUAUAGAGGAUGGGUUUCUCUUUUUAUUGGAGCUGGAAUUUCGUUUAUUACACAAUUAGGAUCCGUCUUAAUGAAUAGAUUUGGAGUUUUAAAUUUAUUGAUUUCGACCUAUGAGCAUGAUUCCAAAAUGGAAAUGGCUGAAAAGACCUUUGAGAAUGUUUCACAUGAUAUUGAGCAAGUUGUUGACGUUUCAUCACCUUCAGAAUCUGUAUUUCCAACGAGUAUGAGAAGAACAAGUCACAAAGAAGAAGCUCAAUUUUUCAAGGGUCAACCAAAUAUGGACUACUCCAAGCAAUCAAGUAGCAUGAGCCACCAAUCCAAUAACAUGUGGAUCACAGUAUCCAUGAAAUUUUACACAUACAUUGUGGCAAUAUCGAUUAUUUUGUGCUGGAAAGGUUCGUGGAUGAUUAUGGAUGCCUAUUUUGAAAAGUGGUGGGGAGAAGAACAUAUGUUCGUAAUUAAUUGGGCGUCUCACAUCUUUGCUGCUUUGGUUCUAAUUUGGAUGGGCACAUUUAGAAGUGUAUUGUCGCCUGCUUCUAUGGACAAGGAUAAGCACUUUGACUCUAUCAUUGUUUCCAAAUGGGCUGGCAUGUCACGAGCUCUAACAAAGGAUUGGGUUCAAGGUUGGAGUUUUAACAAGUAUCGAACAAACGCUUAA